CGCGGUUCCGCCCUUGAUGCUAAAGGCACGGACCGGCAUUUUCUCGAGUCGCCGUCCGGCCGCCAUACAGCUCGCGUUUCCAUGGUCCAGUUCGAACGCACGCAUGUUUGGCCAUUGUGUAUCCCGCCCCAACAUGAUGCCCUAUCGCCCCAAAUGAUGUGUAGCAAACAGCCAGCGUUUCCCAUCGUAACAUAUAAAUCCCCUUCGUCAGUCGUCAAUCUCUUGACGUUCACAGCUCACUGAGAAUCAACAAUUGGAGGACACUGAUUUUCGUCCGUGGUUCUUAAUUCGUGCAACUUUCAUGAUGGAAAAGACUCUUGAGGGAAAGGUCGCUCUGAUCACCGGCUCUAGUCGUGGAAUCGGAGCAGCCAUCGCAACUCGCCUAGCCAAACACGGCGCCAAGCUGGUCAUCAACUAUGUCUCCUCAGCAUCUGCAGCGGAAUCUGUAGCCGAAAAUAUUCGCAGCUUGGGUGUCGAGGCUAUCGCCAUCAAAGCUGAUGUAUCCAAGCGGAAGGAAAUUGCCGCCAUGUUCCAGAAGAUCAAAGACGAAUUUGGCAGACUAGAUAUCGUGAUGAGUAACUCGGGUAUUGAACAUUUUGGUGACCUAGAGUCAGUCACGGAUGAGGAGAUUGAUAAGGUUCUUGGGGUCAACGUCAAGGCCCAGUUCGUUAUGGCGCAGCAAGCGUACAAGCAUCUAGAAGAUGAAGGACGCCUGAUCCUCAUCUCUUCUAUCUCUGCUGUCUGGGGUGUUCCCAGACAUGCUUUGUAUUCGGCUUCUAAGGCUGCCGUGCAGGGUAUGGUCAAGUGUCUUGCUUGGGACUUCGGCAGCAGAGGCAUCACUGUUAACUGCAUAGCCCCCGGAGGAGUCAAGACAGAUAUGUACGCCGAGGCCGCGGCGAAGUAUCUCAAGGGUGGUGUUAAGAUGAGUAUCGAGGAAGUUGAUGGAAGGAUCUCUGAGAUGAGUCCUUUGGGAAGACCUGGCUUCCACAAUGACAUUGCAGGAGUUAUUGCCAUGUUGGCAAGCCCAGAGGCGCAAUGGAUCACUGGUCAGACGAUCCACGCAAGCGGUGGAGCUCAUAUGGGGUAGACAGGAAGGUGCCUUUCAGAUUGAAUAAAUCUGAAUAUUGGCAUACAAU